CACAGAACACCGUGACGCGAUCUGAAAGUGGGGUGGAGAGUCAUCGAAGUUCGUUCUUUAUUCUAUGGUAUCGUCCGUUUUGUUCGCGGCAUGGUUCGCGGUUUCGUUCGUUCGGGCUCGGCGUCGUUGCAUAAUUAAUAUUGUAGUCAUGCUUGCGAUGGCUUUAAGGGACAUUGAGGAGCAGCAGCAAUCGAAACAGUUUAAAUUCGGUGGAGACAUGUCACUGUUCGCGUGAACGGCUGUUGUCAGCAUCGGUUUCAAUGUGUUCGUAAGCGAAUGUGCCCGACUGUGUACGUCUGAUCGUUGUUGUUAUAUCAUUACAAUGUUUUCAGGAGCUCGCAUGUUUAUUGUGCCUACAGGCAUUGGGGGCCCACGGGUGAACCUUUAUAAGAGUAAAGUGAUGGAGCACGGGGCCACAGUUGUGAGUGACGAAAACUUGGCCACACACGUAGUCGUGGCGGAGUCGCUGGACGGAGACCGUAUUUCUAAAAUAGUGGACACAGCAAACUUGCAUACAUCCGUGAAAAUCGUAAAAUGUACGUGGUUAAGCGAGUGCUUCAAGAGUAGAUCAUUGCUCGAAACAACUACGUACGAGCUGCACUGCAAGCCAUCCCCGAGUGCUUUCACAAUGUGCUGCCAAGAUUCUAACGGCGCCCCUUCUAAACGGGCAAGACUUUUUCGUGAGCCUGCAGAUCUUGCACCUCAGCCUGGUGUCUCUCGGAGCGCCGAAUCCUCGAUACUGCAUCGAACAGCCGUUUCGGACAAGUGGGUGUGCGCAGUUGCCUCCACAGACGUUCCUGUGAAUAAGAAUUCCCACAUAACUGACCAAUUGGAGGCCAUGGUUGAAACCUACCAAAGCACUAAAGACCACUGGAGGGCCCUUGGUUAUGAAAAAGCCAUCAUGCAGCUCAAGCGGCAUGCUACUGAGAUCACCACAUGGGAGGAAGCAAGGGCCCUGCCUAAUGUUGGGAAAAGGCUCGCAGACAAAAUUUGGGAGAUUGUUCAGCAAGGCAGGCUCCAAAAACUGGAGGAAUUCCAAAGCCAGGAGCAUCUUGUUGCACAGAACCUGUUCACAAAAGUCUGGGGUGCCGGACCAUCAACAGCACAAAAGUGGGUCCAGCAGGGUUUUCGUUCACUGGAAGAACUUGCCGCCAAGGGAAGUCUGAGCAGCCAACAGAAGAUUGGGCUCAAGCACUUCCAUGACUUCCUUGACAAGAUGCCAUAUGCUGAAGCAAGGCUGAUUGCAGACACAGUGAAGACAGCUGCCCUGUCGAUCCAGCCUGGACUCGAGGUGAUUCCGUGUGGCUCCUAUCGCAGAGGCAGAGCCAUGUGUGGCGAUGUUGACAUUCUGAUCACACACCCUGACGGCAAGUCUCAUGAGGGUGUGCUCGGCAAGAUUCUACAGGUCCUUCACGAAAGCAGCUUUCUAACUGACGACCUUGCUGUACCACAUGAGGGUGGUAGUCCCAGGAAGUACAUGGGUGUUUGCAGGAUACCAGAAGAUGGCAGUAAGCAUCGUCGGCUGGACAUCUUUGUGGUGCCCCAGGAGGAAUUUGCCUGUUCUCUACUAGCCUUCACUGGUUCUGCCCAUUUUAAUCGUUCCAUGCGCCUCCUGGCUCGUCGCAAGAGCAUGUCCCUCAAUGACCAUGGCCUUUAUGCAGAUGUUUGCAGAACAGGGGAAGAAAAGAUAAGUCGUGGAAAACGGCUUCCCACGCCAACAGAGGAAUCCAUUUUUGAACACCUUGGGCUUGAAUACCGACCUCCUGAAGAGCGAGACCACUAGCUAUAUAGAUAUUAUAGAGUUUAUGUCUUUAAAAUUUAUAAUGUAUUCACUUGUAAAUUUAUAUUCUUAGUAGUGGAUUUCUGAAAAAAUGUGUGAUUUGUUUCUCAAUGAGCCUUUAUAAAAUACAGAAUAUUUAUAUAUUAUGUAUUGAGAGAGCACGCAAGUAUAUGCGUCUCUCAGUAGAUGUUAAAGUUCAGUCGGAGAGCUAUUAUUUGGAAGAAAACACUUGAAUGAACACAUUUGUGCUAUUGCAUCACAAUUAAUGCCGUGAUAGCAUGUAAAAUGCCAAAUGAAUGUGAAAAGAUGUAUGAUCUCAGCAUGGUGAGAAAAGAUUUACUGGGUGUUGCAGUAAUUCCUAUUCACUUGUAUUGAAUGGUUCUUGUGCGUGUGUAGCGUGCAUGUGAGUGAGUGAGCAAAUGAGUGUGUGCAUGCUUGAAUGCAUGGCAGCAUGGUACACAUUCAUGUGCACCAGACUGCUCCACAUGAGUGGGUAUUCUGUAGGUCGACAUGUCAAUUUUGUCUGCAGCUGAAGUUCGGAUUGGAGGGGCCGAUCGGCUGGGCAUGCGAAGGAGACAGGUGCCCCCACCCAAUCAGAACAUCAGAAGCUGACAAAAUGGACUUGUCCACUAGGUAAAAACUUACAGAAUACACCCCCAGAAGUGUGAACAGUUAUUUUUAUCCUCUCUUAAUUAAAGAUAUUUCUCCUAUGUUCGCUGCUGUACAUCAAGAAGUCAUCAAGGGACACAGAAUUUCAUUCCAAUUUCAGAAGUUGACCUAAUUACAUGAAAGGCUUGUUGUAUGCGAGUUGAUGGUUGUGUGCAUCUUGUUGUCGGUCUCAUUAAAUCAUGAUGGGCUUGCA